UAGUUUUGUUACGAUGCAAUUGCUCGUAUGGAGAGAGCAGCUGAGAAAGGUAAGGCCAUAGCUGCUGCCGUUGAAGGUGUUGAAAGAAGUUGGGGAACUAACACCUCAGUUCCUAAUAACUUCAUUGAAACGCUAAGAGACCGGAUGUUUAGACCUUCUUUAUCAACACUUAUACCAGAUGAUUCAAAGGUGUUGAAAGUCUCACCAGCCGAUACAGUGUUGACUGUAGCAAAGAAGAUGGUUGAGAAUCAAUCAAGCUGUGCAGUCGUGAUGGUCGAGGACAAGCUUCGAGGGAUUUUUACUUCCAAGGAUAUACUGAUGCGGGUUGUGGCUGAGAAUCUUCCUCCAUCUGAGACUACUGUGGAACAGGUUAUGACUGAGAAUCCAGAGUCUACGACAGUUGACACACCAAUCGUUGAAGCUCUACACAUCAUGCACGAGGGAAAAUUUCUACACCUUCCUGUAACGGACAAAGAAGGAGAUGUAGUUGCAGUUGUUGAUGUAAUCCAUGUAACUCACGCUGCUGUCGCCACAGCUGGAACCACUGCGGGAAUAGGUAAUGAGGAGACAAACAUGAUGAUGCAAAAGUUUUGGGAUUCAGCAAUGGAGCUAUCUCCCAAUGAGGAAGACGAGGACACGAGAAGUGAGAGCUCCUUGAAAGUAGCUUCUGAAGCUGAGACAGGGAGGUCACUCCCUUUAGCAAAUACAUUUUCUUUCAAGAUCGAAGACAAGAACCACAGAAUGCACAGAUUCAUUAGCGACACUCGUAGUUUGACAGAAGUGAUAACAGCGAUCCUUCAGAGAGUAGGGAGUGAUAUCGAUUCAGACAACAUACCUCAAAUUUUUUAUGAAGAUGAAGACCACGAUAAAGUAUUGUUGGCUUCAGAUAGUGACCUUCAAGCAGCCAUAGAUCAUGCCAAAUCAAUUGGUUGGAAGAGUCUGAAAUUAUAUUUGGAUGAUUCAAAAGGAGGUAAAGGAAGAGGAAGAAGGAGAAGAGCAACAGUAUCAGGAGAAGCAAUGGAGUAUGUACAGACGGACGCUUGGGCUGCUGCGUACAGUGGAGUUGCGGCUGGUGCAGCAUUAGUAGCUGGUCUUGGUUUUAUGGCUUAUCUCAAGAGAGCCGGACAGUAGUGACUUCUUGGAAGGACAAUCAAGUCCUCUUACAGAUCGAUUACAAACAAAAAAUAGUGUGAUGCAAUUGAAAACAGAAACAGGGUUUUGAAGAUUUUGUCUGAAAUAAUUUUAUAUACAAAUUUGACCCAAAAAAAAAAUUUUAUAUACAAAGUCAUCUUUGUGAUUUUUUUUUCUUCUGAGAUUUCCUAUCUUGA